AUGGCGGCACCGGUCGCUGGUGGGGAGUCGGUGAUGACGGGCACUGCAAGGGCCCGUGGCCACUCAGUUGGCCGCCUGGUGGCCCGCUUCGAGGCCCAGGGCUUUCACUUGGGCCACGGUGCGGCGGAAUCCAGGACUGCGGGCACCGCGCACCCACUGGCAUCGGCCUUCGCACGCUGGUGGCGGGCCUGCCAGCCGUCAGCCCAGCUGCGACGGCCCACGCCGGGUCCCCUCCGGCCGCCCAGGGGCCGCCAGGGCGUUCAGGACACCUUCACCGACUCACCAUCUCGCGCGGCAUCUGCUCCAGGACCCGGCGACACCCCCACGACUGGCCCAGCCACCGUCGGUCUGGAGCUCCGGCGUGGGCCAUCUCACAAGCCGCCGCCUUCUGCGGGCGAGGAGCAUUCCGCCGCAUCCCCGGGUGAAACCUCGCUCUCCUCCACUGGCACGCCGCCGUCGGCAGGCGUCGAGGCCAGCAGCGGCUCGGACAGCGAGGCGUCCAAGGCGCCCCAGUGGCUCAUGGCCGCAGCGCGCGCCUUCUUGGCUGCACGUGGCGUUCCAGUCCGCAAGGCCAGGUCUGGGAAGUCUUCGGAGCCCUCGGCGGCGAACUACCGGCUGGACUCAGACACUGAAGGCUCUGACGCGGAGUUAAGCGAGCAGCGGCGCGGGGCAAAGGACGUUCUGGCAGCAGCAAAGCUCCUGUUGCGUGAGGUGCGCCUGACCGAGUCCUGGAGUGCCGGCAGCGCCCGGCAGCUCCCGGACUUCUUCGCGGCGGACGUGGCGGACGAGCUCUGGGCCCGGCCUCCUGGCGCGGCAUCCCGGCCGACCAGUUUGGAGUCGGUGGGCGAUGGCCCGGCCACGGUCUCCUGUGCCGAGGAGCCGCACCCUGCCCCUUGCACUGAGGAGGUGCUUGCUGAGCUCGAGGUGGAGCGGCGAGCCCGAGUGGACUGCGCCGGAGCUCUGCGAGAGGCUGAGGAGCAGAAGGAAGCUCUGCGAACAGAGGUGCUUGCUGAGCUCGAGGUGGAGCGGCGAGCCCGACUGGACUGCGCCGAUGCACUACGAGAGGCUGAGGAGCAGAAGGAAGCUCUGCGAGCAGAGGCCGAGCGGCUGAGCCGGAGCGCCGACGCCCUCCGGGCCGAGCUAAAGGUGGCCCAGCAAAGGCUGCCAGAGCUGGACCGCGAGCGUGGCGAGCUGCUGCGGGCGCUGCGGGAGAUGCAAGAGUGUGAGGCGAUGAGCCCAGAUGCUGAGCUUCAGCUGGCCUUGGCGUCGACGACCGCUGCAGUACAUGAGCUCCGACAGCGCCUCUCCAACUCGGAGGCUGCAAAGCGUCAGCUCCAGCAGCGGUGUGAGAAGUUGGAGGCCCGUGAUCAGGCGCUGCGGCCGGAGCUUCAGCGGUCGAGUCAGCUGCAGCUACUGCUCCAGGAGGAGCAACAGCUGCGGCAGAAUUUGGAAGAGGAGGUUGCAGCACUCCGGGCCUCACGGGCCGGGGAGCAGUUGCCUGAUGCAGUGCUUUCUGCUGCCGACCUGGCCCAACACUUGCAGCAGGGUCCGGCCCCUCAAGGUUCCAUUAAUCCAUCCCCACUUGGUGCAAAGCCCUGGACUGCAUGGAUCUUGGUGAUGUUUCACAUGCAGUUGUCCAAAAAGACAAAGGAGGAGAGCAGCGAGGGCGAUCCCUGCGUGGAGGAGUCGACGGAACUGGAUCUCAUCCCUGGCCAGCAGGGGAGGCCCGGGGAUCGCGUUGGCUUUAGCACUCAGCUGUCCCGAGAUUGGGCGCAGGUGCGCGUGGGUCUGGCGGCGCUCUCCGCGGGCGCGUCGGGCGUCGUGCUGACGGACAGGGGAGCGGUGGCAUCCCAACUCCAGCGUGAGGCGUCGGAGAACCCGGCGCUAGCGGUAGCUGAGCUGGCAUGGGGGAAGGAGCCGCAGGGUACGUUUGACGUGAUUCUGGCCCCUGUGCCAGCGACGUCCUCUACAAUACCAAAGCCGGAUAUCAGCCUCUCGUCCAUACCAUCUGCAGAGCGCUGA